GUUUUGUUUCGCCUACUCCUACAACGGCUCCCAAGUCUGGGGCGAUGUCUCUCCAGGUUAGGUUAUCCUACCUAGCUUGUGUCCCAGAUCCCUUGCCCGCUGUCCCACCAGAGCCCUGUCCCUUAAACACUGAAUCUGGGCAGGUGGGGCGGCGCACCGGAGCCUGCGGCUGCGGCUGCGAGCCCCGGGGCCACCGCAUCUGCGAUACCCCGGGCCGCUGCUGCGUGGAGUGUAGGUCGCUGAGCAGGUACCUGGAAAACAUGACUGAGAAUGAGAGCAAGACCUUGGGGAAAGGAAGUGUCCCCCCAGGGCCGGUCCCAGAGGGCCUGAUCCGUGUCUACAGCAUGAGGUUCUGUCCCUUCGCGCACAGGACUCGCUUGGUCCUUCUGGCCAAAGGCAUCAGACAUGAAGUUAUCAACAUUAACCUGAGAAAUAAGCCUGACUGGUACUAUACAAAGCACCCUUUUGGCCAAAUUCCUGUCCUGGAAAAUAGCAAAUGUCAGCUGAUCUACGAAUCUGUGAUCGCUUGUGAGUACCUGGAUGAUGCUUAUCCUGGAAGGAAGCUGUAUCCAUAUGACCCCUAUGAGCGAGCUCGCCAAAAGAUGUUAUUGGAGCUAUUCUAUAAGGUCCCACAUUUGACCAAGGAGUGCCUGGUAGCAUUGAGAUGCGGGAAAGAAUGCUAUGAUCUGAAGCUAGCCCUUCGUGAGGAAUUCUGCAACCUUGAAGAGAUUCUUAGCUAUCAGAACACCAUCUUCUUUGGUGGAGACUGUAUCUCCAUGAUUGAUUACCUCUUUUGGCCCUGGUUUGAGCGGCUGGAUGUAUAUGGAAUAGCUGACUGUGUGAACCACACCCCAGCACUUCGGCUCUGGAUAGAGGCCAUGAAGCAGGACCCCACGGUGUGUGCUCUUCUCAUAGAUAAGAACAUUUUCCUGGGCUUCUUGAAUCUCUAUUUUCAGAACAACCCCAAUGCCUUUGACUUUGGGCUUAGUUCUUGAGCCCCACAGUCCACCCCUUCACCACCCAGAAUUCCCAAGCAUGUCAUGACUCUGUAUCAGGAAUUGUUUGGGUGGGUCAAUCAAUCUCUGUUCAUUUUCUUUGAGGUUCCCAAUAAACAUGGAGACAGAAAAGCUA